AUGGAAGUUUUCAGGCAAGCCCAGAAUCGGUUCCAUUCCGCCCUGUCAGCAGAAGAGAAGGCCCAAUACAGGCCCUGCGACUCUGUUGAGAAGCUGCUUGCCGAUGUGAGACAGUUCAGCCUGCUUCCUAAGGGCAACAGGCGGCUCUCUGACUGCAUGCUGAAAAUCGAAGCUUUCACGGAUAAUCUUGAGCCGUACUUAGGUGUUAUUGCCAUCAUUUGCGGAUCUCAUGCUGGCCGGGCUGAUACGACUUUUGGCAUAUUGAGGCUCGUCCUCCAGAUGGCCAGUUCCUACGGUAGCUUCUUUGAGAAACUUUGCGAUGCCCUCGAAAGGCUGGACGCUAGGUUUCCGCGAUACCAGGAGCUUUACGACAAGCUUAGCUCGCAGAAGGUCGGGCCAGUGGGAUCAACGCUAACGAAUGCGCUGGGGAAUACCUAUGACUUGUUAUUCGAGUUCUUUCAAAGCGUCGCAGGCCUCUUUUCGCGACCAAGCGGCAGGCGAAGGCACACAUUUUCUACCGUUGCUUCUCUUGCUCGAAAGCCAUUUGAUGUCCGUUUUAAGGAAAUACUGGAGAAAAUCAGCUUCUACCACAAUCUGGUCAAGGAAGAAAUAGAGACGGAACGAGUAGAUGAGAUGCAAGACGAUCUGUCUAAACUGAAAGCAGCCGCGGCAGAACAAGCAACAGAAAAAUUACAAAUCACAGUCCUCGAGAAAUUGAAGGAGAUUCAAGAAGGUCAAGCACCAAACAAAGCCCAGUUGGCCCUCUUACAGAGUCUCCUUAUUGAUGGAUUCUCUCGCCAAGCAACACUCGAAUCACAGAAUCGAUUACUUGAUUUGUUGUAUCAGUUCAGGAAACACGAGGAGGCCCAGAUGCAAGCUGAAUUUAAAACCGCUGUGAUUCGAUGGAUCGAUCCGCCGGAUUACAAGGAAAACCUCUGCGAUGCGCAAGAUGAGCGCGCUGAUGAAACUGCAGAAUGGAUUUUUGAUAACCCCGCUUUGGGACCCCAGGACAAGAUUCUCCGUCAACAUCGGAUUCUCCCAGCUCGCUUCUAUGGGUCAAUGGUAAUAAUCAAAUUGAACGAUGCAUCCUUCAAGAGCAAGACUGACAACAUCAAAGGAAAGCCGGGCUCGGGAAAAACCGUACUCGCUGGAUCCAUUGUGGAAGAGCUCCGGAGAAAACAAAAAAGCCACACUGUUGACUCAGCAGUUUGUUACUAUUUCUUCAAUCAAAACAUGGGAAAGAAGAACAACCACAUCGAUACUUAUCGUGCUAUCCUGGCGCAGCUGUUCUACCACUGCCACGAGAUAGACCAAGUUUACGACGUCUUCGGCAUGAUAAAGGUGGGCAUUGUGAGCGAUAUUCGGGCAUCGGAGCAUGAGUUAAUCGACACAAUACAAUUAUGCCUUAAAGAAGUUCCAAGAUCCCAUUUUAUCCUGGAUGGCAUUGACGAAUGCUCAAACGACACCAAGCUGCUGAAGAAUAUCAAGAUCUGGUGUGAAACAACAUCUGUAAAGAUUAUUCUUCUCAGUCGGCCAGAUGUCUCAAGUUUGAGGAAGGCAAUCUCUCCAGCUUCAACCAUCACUAUGAUAGAUUCUGCAUUAGGCAGAGAUAUCUGCCGGUACCUGACCCCCGAGUUCGAUGUCUUUCGAAACGAGGGCCUUUUACCAAAGGAUGCAGAUAUAGAAAUGUUGGCAAGUCAUCUAGGAAAACGAGCCGAGGGUAUGUUCCUUUGGGCUCGCGUGAUGAUCGAAUACUUGGCCUCCCCAGCCUUGAGCAAGAGGCAACGGUUGGAGAUUAUCAUGGAGGACACGCCGGGAGGACUUGAUCGCCUUGAAGAUCUCUAUUGUAGAAUUCAAGAUCGGAUUGAUGCCCUUGACAGACCAAGCAGACAAUUAGCCCAGAAAGCGCUGGUAUGGAUAGCUCAUACUCGGCUCACACUCCCCGAACUCAGCGAAGCAAUCACCGACGAAGAUUUGGGGCCUGAUCGCGACGAAGGCUCGGACCACUUUGAGCACGCCGUCAUUGUGUCUUGCCGUGGGAUCAUCGAAAAGAGGUCGAACGGGAUAUUCAGGUAUAUCCAUUUAACAGCAAGGGAGUUUGCUCAAAAUGGGCCUCGGCGGUCUGCGCGACAAGCAUUGAUCCCACAUGUUCAUAUUGCCAAGGCCCAGAUUGUUCAAUAUUGUGUCAGAUACUUUAAGAAGCGAAUACCUGCAAAUCCACUAUCGGGACAGCUGGGAGUGACUGCUGAUGCCAACAUCAUCAUUCACAGAUGGCCCUUGCUGAAAUUUGCCUCACGGAAUUGGAUGGCCUUCGCAGUUGAGUUGCUCUGUUCACACGAAGCUGAAUUCUCGGGAAACCAAAUGGAAGGCCUUUAUACCGAGAUCAACGCGUUUUUGCAAAACCAGUUUUUCGUCAUGGUUUGGAUUGAAGCUCUUUAUACAUUGUGUCCAAGUGAAGUCUACACAUCGGUAGAGGAAACACGAACUAAUAUUGAACAAAUGCAGUUGAUGCAACUGGCGCCGAACUGGCAAGAAUGCUGGCAAAAUUUGAAAGAGCUGAUCCAAGACAUUUGUCAACUAAAUCUCGACUGGGGUGAAACUCUGACAGAAACACCAUACGAAGUUUGGGGCGACGUUGGCAUCUUCCAGAAAAGCAAGUUCUUGGCCUCAACCAAGGCAGGCACCGUGGAAUCCCUGGCACUGAGGUUGCAUCAAAAGGGGAGCUCAAGCGCAGCUGGCCCUUUAUUCAGCCAGUCUAGAAGUUCUUUAGAUACCAAAAGACUUGCUGUACUAAGCGUCUUCCCCUGCAGUGACAUGGCAAACUGUAGAUUUUUUCGAGACGGCUGGGACAGGCAUGAUGAUAUACCAUUUAAUGCGGAGGCGUCGAGGAGACUUAAGGAGUCAUACGGAUAUUCCGCUCCGUCGCCACGCAAGCGGCCAGCUAAUCCAUCUCCCCCGUCUUCACAAUUUGAUUUCUGGGUCGCAUGUUCGGGAUGGGUAAUAACAUACGAAAUCUUCUCUAUCGAGGCUGCCGAAUCUAGCCGCUUGCUUUUGAUUGAAGCACCGAUUGACGCCCUUUCAGUUGAGAUAUGCCUUAGACAGAGCCUACUUGUUGACACCAAAGACUGGAUCUGUGCAUUUGCCCUAUCGAUAGGGCCGAGCUUGGACAGAUUCACGGUGUUGAAUGUGUUGUUUGAUGUGAGAUCCGACCAAACUUACCAUUGCAGAACAAUAGAAUGGCCUCAGAGACAUCGACCUUCAUGUUGGGACACAUCCAAACGCAUAAAGUCUAAUGCCUACUCAAGUGGAAGGGACUCCUAUAAUUAUCAUUUCUCAUGGAGCUGGGAUGGGCGAUAUGUUUUGUUUCGCGAUCGCAAUCUCAAAGCAAGUGAAUGGGUUCAGCGUGGGACUAGCCUUGCCAUAUUCUCCAUCGAAGAAUCAAUUUCAGAUGCAGAGGGUAUCAGAUUGGUAAAUUCCUUCUCUACCAGUUCUCUUACCACUGGGUUCCAUUCCUGUCACUUUCACCCAACUAAAGAUCUUUUGUUACUGCGAGACGACAGAGACUUUUACUUAUGGAAGUUUCUGGAUGAAAAAGAGCCUUCUGUUCUUCAGCUCACUGAUACUGAGACCCGUCCAGGACUUGGAAUUGAAAGCAUCUCGUUUUCCAGCUGUGGAAAGUACAUUGCCAUCUCCUACAGGACCCAGCCAUGGCCAAAGCUAUAUCCUUUGGAAACCUUCUUGGGAAUUGAAAAAACCUUUGAGACUUUUCAUGAGGCGACGGAGACAUCAUCGGGUAUAAUUGAGAACUCGGCUGCCCAACCAUCAGCUGCCUCGAGCGAGGUUGCGGCACGAAAUAAACAAACAGAACUCACAACUAACUCCAUCAUCAGCGGGGCUACUUCAUCCUCAGUCGUGGUUAGGAAAAGCCACGGAAACGAGUUUGAGAUGGCGCUUCUGAAGGUGGCUCCGAAAGAGGUCCAAUUUCGUCAAAUGCAUGAAGGAAAGGACACUUCCACAGCUUUGAUCAAAUUGCCCCAGUCUAUUCCAACCAAAAAUAUCACCGCCGAGGUGACAGCGCCCAUUGCUGGAGAAGACCCCAAAUUUCAGGUCAUUCUCAAUGCCGGGCCGGCAAAAGUGUUUCUCAGCAGCGAUGCCGGUGCGGCUGCAACACAUUUGCCUCUAGUUGUUCGGAAAGACCCUCGAGCAUUAAGGCUGCAACCAUCAGAUCAAAGCACGGGGGAAGUGGCGAAGAUUUCUCCUAUUGAUAGAGGCGCUGACGCUAUUCCAGAGCAGUUGUUAGAAGCUCCCGAGAACAAUUCAUCGGAACCAGGAGCCAAAAAGCCACUUGAAGCGCAGUCCCCUCAGGCAGCAGCUGGGAAGCUAAAGCCUGCAAAGAGAAAGGGGAAGCUGAAUAGUUGGAUUACAAAGCGGAUGAAGAAGUAA